AGAACAGCAGGGUGUCAGCAACAAUAGGUAACAGCUCUGACCUCACCUGCCCUCCCAAAUCAAAUGCAACUAUGAUAACAUGGAAAAUAAGCCCCAAGAUUGGAGGUCCCUGCACCUUGGGAUACAGGGCGGACCGGAACAAGACAGACAGAACAAACUGCAGUGACAGCAUGGGCUGGAAAUUCAGACCAGAUCAGAAUCCUGCCCUUGAAAUACGGCAAGUGGGAAUAGCUCAUGAGGGAAAUUACACCCGCGAAGUGGUAGCAACAGAAGGGAAUUUCCACAGGACGUACCACCUGACCGUGCUAGUCCCUCCCAGGCUGACCCUGUACUGUGAUGACCACGGGAACGCCGUGUGCGAGGCAGCGGCCGGGAAGCCGGCUGCUCACAUCUCGUGGGUCCUAGAGAGCAACUCCACCCCCAGGGAAGAAGGCCACGACAACGGGACAGUGACUGUUCUCAGCAAGUUCACAGCAUACAGCACCGACGUGACUAAUACAACCUGCAUUGUGUCCCACCCAGCUGGGAACCAGAGCAAGUCCAUAGCCUGUCAC